AUGCAAGCUUUUCCUGACGCUGACGUCAUCUGGUGGAAUGCGACCGAUUAUCACAUUCAGUGUCCAUUCUGCAAUAAAGUUCAUCGCCAUAGUGUGAACUGGGAGGCGGCCAAUACUUUACGAGCUUCUCAUUGUGGGAAUGGGGGACAUUAUCGCUGCUGUUUCCCCUUGAGCGAUCGUGGCGAGGUUGCGUAUGAAAUCGACAAGAAGCGAGGACGUUAUACGAAUAUCUGUGUGUCGCAGGAAAAUUAUGGCGCGAAGCAAGACGAUGUUGAUCUUUUGGCUCUUGAGCUAGCUGAAAAGGCCUCUCUCGCUGCACAGAGAGAGGCAGGGUUUUCAAGUAUUCACGAGGAGUCGAGGGAGGUCAUCAUCAAUCGCCCAGGACAUGGAAUCCAGCCAUUUGAACAAAAACGGAUUCGUGGGGCAAUCAGCGAUUGUGUCAAUGGUAAUGUUGAAUCGGUGCAGCAAUAUUUGGAGACCUCUAGCGAAGCUCAACUGUUUCUUCGAGGGCGAUUUCCUGAUGGUCAAACACCACUUAUCGCAGCAGCAACUGAGCAGAGUUCCGCGAUGAUUACCCUUCUCAUCAAGCGCGGGGCUGAUAUCGAUGCUACUGGGAAUAAUGGAAGGACUGCCUUGAUGGAGGCAGCGCUAUUUGGUUGGAUCGACAAUGUCAAGGUUCUCCUAGAACACGGUGCAGAUAAGAAUAUCCGGGAUGGCGAAAGUCGACGUGCUAUUGAGUUUGCUCGGGAUCUUCCUAAAAACCGGCGAGAGGUAUACGAUCGUACCGCAGUCACGUCCACUUCUCGCCGACGAUUGGGCUACAUCGAGGACACAUUUUCAAGGGAUAUUGACCGAGAGGAGAUUUUACGUCUUCUCGGUGGAGAAGAUCGGAAAUCAAAAAUUGUCUUUGGGGGGCCACCUACACUGUCAACCUUGCGCUCCUAUUCCUUUGAGGCCUCAGCCUCCCAGGGCUCUCUUGUACUGCGCGGCCCAGUCGAAGAAUAUCCGAUCACGCGUGCUAAUAAGACUGUAGCGCGACUGGAACGGGGCGGGAAAUUCCCAUCUGUUGGCGCUAUGAGCGGAUGGGGACAUUGUCCAAUUCAGUCUCUCAGAGUUGAUGGCAAGCAAUGGACAGAAAAUGUCUUCUAUAUCUCGGAAGUAGUGGGUCAUAAUUUACUUCCUCUUAGUAAAGAUCAGGGUAAAGAUGGCCAAUACAAUGCAUGUCAUGCAGAAAAGCAGUUGAUAGCCUACUUCAUUGAUCGCCAUGUUUUCCUUCCGCGAGAUGGCCUCUCAGACGCAAGUCUGGAAGCUCAGGUUGAUUCCCAAGAGAAUGAAAUUGAGGAAGUUCUUUCAAGCACUGAAAUUGGACGUCGGGUGGUAGCCCUUCGACAGGAGAAGAAAGACCUCGAAGAUGAGUUAUUUGAUGGGGACGAAAAGCUCGUCGGGAGAUAUGAGGAAAUCAAAACUCUCAAGUCGAAGCUCAGGUCCACAGAGAAAAGGCUCGCCCAAUUACUUGCUAGCCAUCAGGCACGACCAAUUCUGAAGCUAGAAGCUCAACUUGAGGUUCUCAAUCAGCGACUUCGCAGACACACCGACCUAACUCACAUGGCUCAUGCGCCACCGCCGGUAUCAUUGACUGAGGCUGUUAUAUUAAUAAGCUCAUCUCCUUGUUCAGACUGCAUCGCGUUCAAGGAAAAAGUCAACAGGUUCUUGAAAUUGUCCAUCAAUUUAUUUGCGGCGGUUUAA